CCCUCCUCUGCAGAUCGGAUCUGAUAAAAGGCAGCUCUGGUGCGUCAUGGCCACAAGGAGAGAUCAGCGGUGAAAGCAGGACUGCCUCUGCCUCCACAUGGCUCUGCUUCUGGCCCUAACACAACACGAUGACUCCCUCUACAUGGGCGCAGACCGGCAACUUGCACGCGCUGAACACGUUUGAGAAUUGAAUUAUUGAUUUAUUUUGAUGCCAACUGGAAUCGGGACAAACGCUUGACGCAUAGGCCGUGGUGUCGGAUGGGCCUCGUCAGACCAAUGUGUUUCUUGCUGUAGGCCAGCCGUCAGCGGAAACGAGGCGUACAUAAAUCCUGAAGUGGAGAAAAAGAAUCGUGAGCAGUCUCAGAUCUGAGUAGAAACGGGUCAUCAUGCUUGGAGGGGAAGGAGAAAGCGGCGCGUACACGGCUGGAAAAGACGCAGCGGAGGAAAAGCGCGCGUCUCCGGCAGCGGAUGAAGACGAGUCUGCGACCGGGACCAGGUACGAACACGGGAUGGGGGGUGCUGACCGAUACUACAUCCCACACACGAUUUCCAAGCAGAGCCCAGAAGCACAGAACCCCUGCUCCUUCAUCCCCUACACCCCCGGGGGCACGGUGUACAGCCCACCCAGCGCCGCCAGGUACUCCUCCUCGCUCCACCUGGGCUCCGUGUUGCCUCCAGCGGGGUACUCUCCCUCAGCCGCCGGGCGCACACACUUCAGCCCGCCCUACCAGCACGGACAGAACCUCGGCUGCAUUUACCCGCCUUACACCGGAUCCGGGUCGGCUCUGAGCAACAUGGCUCUACCCAGCACCGGUCCCGGGAUGAGGGCCCAGGUUUACCUGUGCAACCGCCCGCUGUGGCUCAAGUUUCACCGACACCAGACCGAGAUGAUCAUCACCAAGCAGGGCAGGCGGAUGUUCCCGUUCCUCGGCUUUAACAUCGCUGCUCUGAACGUCACGUCACACUAUAACGUGUUUGUGGAGGUGGUUCUGGCGGAUCCGAACCACUGGAGGUUUCAGGGCGGCAAGUGGGUCACCUGCGGGAAGGCGGACAACAGCAGCCAAGGUAAUAAAGUCUACAUCCACCCGGAGUCUCCGAACACAGGAGCUCACUGGAUGCGCCAAGAAAUUUCCUUCAGCAAACUCAAGCUGACCAACAACAAGGGAACCAGCCACAGCACGUCCCAGAUGAUUGUUCUGCAGUCUCUGCACAAAUACCAGCCCCGGCUGCACAUUGUGGAGGUGGCUGAGGAUGGAGUGGAGGACAUCAGCAGUGACAAUAAAACUCAGUGCUUUACUUUUCCAGAGACACAGUUUAUAGCGGUCACUGCCUACCAGAACACUGACAUCACACAGCUGAAAAUUGAUCACAACCCUUUUGCCAAAGGAUUCAGAGACAAUUAUGACUCGAUCUACACAGCUCCGGAGCCUGACCGGCUCACCCCAUCUCCAAACGACUCUCCUCGUGCCCACCAGAUCGUCCCCAGCGCCCGCUACAUGCAACCCCUCUUCCAGGACCAGUUUGUGAACAACCUCCCCCAGAACCGCAUCUACAACUGUGAAAGAACAGUGCCACAAACCAACAGUCUCCUCUCACCUCCAUCGGAGGACGGAACUUCGCAGAGGUGGUUUGUCACCUCUGUGCAGCAAGGGGGAAAUAGCACCAGCACCAGCAACAAGCUAGAUCUGACGCAUUAUGAGGGGGAAUACUCCAGCUCCCUCCUCCCUUAUGGCAUUAAAUCGCUCUCCAUGCAGACUACUCAUGCUCUCAGCUACUACCCAGACUCUCCUUUCACCACAAUGUCAGCAGGGUGGGGGUCCAGGGCAGCUUACCAAAGAAAAGUCCCCCCGAGCCUGCCAUGGUCUCCCAGACCCAGCCCUACUGCUGUUUUCUCAGAGGAGUCAGGGAAAGUUAAACUAACAGAAGAAGUGUACAAUGAUGCUCUGGUCAGCUCCUGGACAGAGACCCAGCCAUCAGGUCAGUCCCCCAACAAGGCUGAUUCUUAUUCUAUCGCCUGCAAGCGAAGGCGUUUGUCUCAUAAUGGUCCAAGCACAGAGGACUCACCUGCCAACAGCAAGUGUGUUGUCUCUGCUGCACCUAUCAACUCCUUCAGUAAAGAACCCCCCCUCACCAAAGGCUUGGCUUCUUUUUACUCCUUUUACACAAAUCCUUGAGUUUUUGUCUUUGAAAAUCCAAACCUUGUUUUGAUUGUUUUUCAUCAAUAAGAGCUACUGUUUUGCUUUUGUUUACAUGUAGCUUUGGCUUGUUUUUUGUCUUACCAAGAUGAAAAAAAAAGGUUUAAAUUUAACUCUGAAUUUUAGGGCACGUGUUCUAAAUGCCACGAAAUAAGGAAGUUCAGAGCUAAAGCAUGUGUUUAAGGUGCUCCCCACAGCAAACAUUGUGAUGUGCAUUUCAUUGUUGCGUACAUGUAUGUGUAUGUAUGUGUCUGCCUUUAAAGUGAGAUUAUGUGUUUACAGAUUAUUUAUUAAAGGCCUGUUUAUAUAAAUUUGUGCCCUCAUUAAAGUACGAGAAAAUAAUACUUUAUACAUAGCCUCAUUGCAAAGUUCUGAUAUUUGAUAAUAAAAUGAGUUUGUGUUUUAUCAGCAGUGAUGAUUUUAAGUGUUAUGACAGGUUUACAUUUGCUCAUUUGAAAACGUUUGUUUAUACGGACUUUGUCGCCCUCUAGUGGGUAAAUUUUGUUAUUGCAAUAACAAAUAAAUUAAAUCUCCGAUUCGACGUUAA